CUUCUCUCCGCCCCUUAACUUUCCUCCUCCGACUCUCUCAGAGAGCAUUUCCGGUUCCGGCUGUCUGCCGGAGAGGACAUGGCGGUUCCUUCGUCUGCAGCUCCCGGGGAGGAGGACUGGGUCCUUUCCUCUGAAGUCGAGGUGUUAGAGUCUAUCUAUCUGGAUGAACUACAAGUGGUUAAAGGAAAUGGCAGAUCUUCACCAUGGGAGAUCUACAUCACCCUGCAUCCUGCCACUGCAGAAGACCAGGAUUCACAGUAUGUCUGCUUCACUCUGGUGCUUCAGGUCCCCGCACAGUAUCCCCACGAGGUGCCAGAGAUCUCUAUCCGUAAUCCCCGAGGACUCUCAGAUGAACAGAUCCACAAGAUUUCACAGGCACUGAGCCAUGUGGCCAAUGCUGGGCUGGGUACUGCCAUGCUCUAUGAACUCAUUGAGAAAGGGAAAGAAAUUCUUACAGACAACAACAUUCCCCAUGGCCAGUGUGUCAUCUGCCUUUAUGGUUUCCAGGAGAAGGAAGCCUUUACCAAAACACCCUGUUACCACUACUUCCAUUGCCACUGCCUUGCUCGGUACAUCCAGCACAUGGAGCACGAGCUGCAGGCUCAAGGACAGGAGCAGGAACGACAGCAUGCCACCACCAAACAGAAGGGUGUCGGUGUCCAGUGUCCGGUGUGCAGAGAGCCCCUCGUGUAUGAUCUGGCCUCACUAAAAGCAGCCCCUGAACCCCAACAGCCCAUGGAGCUAUAUCAGCCUAAUGCAGAGAGCUUACGCCAGCAAGAAGAGCGCAAGCGGCUUUACCAGAGGCAGCAGGAGAAGGGGGGCAUCAUUGACCUUGAGGCUGAGCGAAACCGGUAUUUCAUCAGCCUCCAGCAGCCUCCAGCCGCUUUGGAACCUGAGUCAGCUGUAGAUGCUUCCAGAGGAUCCCACCCACCCGGUGCCCUUGCCACAGAAUUGUCCACCUCAUCAACUGCCCAACCCACCCUGUCAACUCCUCUGCCUGUGACCUUGCAAUACACAUGUGAGAAGAUUCCAGGGGCUGGGCCAAAUCAGCAAAGGUUGGGCGAGGCCCAGAAAGCUAUGCUAGAUCCCCCCAGGGCCAGUCGAGGCCCCUGGAGACAGCCUGAACAGAGGCACCUAAAGGGAAGGGAGUGCAAUGCCCCUGAAGGUACCAGUGACACCCAGGAACUACGACCUCCUGAGGGGCCUCUCAAGGAGCCCAUGGACCUAAAGGCAGAACCCUGUAAUCAAGGGGUUGAUGGUCCUCCCCUAGAGAAGGGGCCUAGCAACUGGCAGGGUCCCCCAUCCCGCAGGACUCGGGACCGUACUCGCUGGGAACGCUCCAAGGGGCGGACACCGGGUUCUUCCUACCCCCGCCUGCCUCGGGGUCGGGGAGCCCACCAGCCUGGUACUCAGAGGGAGCCCCUGAGCUUGGAAUCUGAGGAUGGUUCCUAGCAGUACUGUCGGGGGAUGGAUUUGGGGCCGGGAGGGGGGAAAUAAAGAGAUUUGGCCUUGUU